AAACCAUUGCAAUAAGGUGCAUUGACCAACCUGCUGCUGCUGCUCAUUCUAGCCAGCAGUGAACAAGUCAGUUGGUAGAUGUUUGCUUCCGCGUUUGUAUCUUUGAAGUAACUACCAUCGCGAUGCAGUCAAAGUUGUUUUGCCACUCAUCCAACUAAAUAAAAUGGCGUCGCUGUUUAUCAAUUAGCUUGCUGUAUGUGUAAAUUACUCAGUGAUCGUAUCCGAGUGAGUCAUAAACCAACAUAGCAAUGACAUUUUUAUAGCACAUAGUGAGAAUACGUUUCUAAAACGUUGUGUAGACUGGCAAGUGUGAUUUGAGGAACACAAUAAUGCGCGAAUUCAAAGUGGUCGUGUUGGGCUCGGGUGGGGUCGGGAAAAGUGCUUUGACUGUGCAGUUCGUGUCAGGAUGUUUUAUGGAGAAAUAUGACCCCACAAUAGAAGACUUCUAUAGGAAAGAAAUAGAAGUGGACAAUUCACCAUGUGUUUUAGAAAUAUUGGAUACCGCCGGCACGGAACAAUUCGCAUCAAUGCGAGACCUGUACAUAAAAAAUGGUCAAGGAUUCGUCGUAGUUUAUUCAUUAACGAAUCAUCAAACGUUUCAAGAUAUCAAGCCAAUGAAGGAAUUGAUAACGCGUGUAAAAGGAUCUGAACGCGUGCCUAUCCUGUUGGUGGGCAACAAGGCCGACUUGGAGCACCAGCGCGAAGUGUCGAACGCCGAGGGCUCGGCGCUCGCGCAGAUGUGGGGCUGCCCCUUUGUGGAGGCGUCCGCCAAGAGUCGCACCAACGUCAACGAGAUGUUCGCCGAAAUCGUGCGUGAAAUGAACGUUAGCCCUGAAAAAGAAAAGAAAACUUAUUGUUGUUGUACAGUGCUUUAAUAUUUAGAGUGUAAUGUGGCAUUUAUUUCUCGUAAGACUGCAAAAGCGAGGCAGGAUCGUGCCUGCCUCCGCUCGAUGGCCGAUCGUCUCCAGUGGGGAGCUCGGCGACGUCGCGCCGGCCCCGGCCGCUGGGGCUCCGGCGGUCGCGAUGCGCGUCAUAUCACAUUGUUAAUAUCGUUGAUACAUACCAUUGUCCAAUCAAGGUGCUUUACUUAUAUUUUCAUACUUUAUUACUGGUAGAUACUCCCGCAAUAAUGGUUAUAAUAUGAACAAAUAUCCUUAUCGGAGCAUAAAUAGCUAAUCAAAUGCAAAAAAACAAGCUUGAUUUUGUUCAUCAUAUUAGGCAAACAGAUGCAAUAGCCGUGUCUAAAGCAGAAACAUGUAUUGUAAAGUAAUAUUAGUCAACUUUGUAUAUAAUUUCAUGAGAUUAAUGAUGUUGAAGGGCAAGGACAAUUUAGAAAAUUAAAAAGCCAUCCAAUAUGCAAUAAACUAAUGAUUGUGUAGAGUGGUGUGCGAGGAUGAGUAAGAACUUACACCUAAGUGAUGUCGCAGAAUAUAUUUUAUUGUGUAAAUUAUGUUUAUAUGAAAAAUCAGUAAUCAAGGAAAGCAGUAUGUUUUGUCAGUUGCGUGAUUGUGUUUUAAAGUCUACCAGGAUUUGUGAUAAUACAUAUAACAAAAUACCUAUAAUAAAAGUUUUAAGUGGGAGAUUGAAAA